GCUUCAGAAUCUUGACAUACCACAGCCAUGGUCCAUAUUCUCGGUAUAAAUUUACCUGAUAACCAGCUCGCUCGUUUUGCCCUUACGACUAUAUACGGAGUUGGUCCUCACCUUUCGCAUCGACUAUGCGCCCGAUUCCAGAUACACGACAAAUGUAGGGUGAAAGAUUUGACACCUCUUCAGACCACAUCUCUCGCGUCUUUCUUGCAAUCCCCUAAAACUGCUCUUCCUUUACCUCAGUAUCCAUUGGCCCCACUAAACUUUGUCGCUCGGCCUCCAUCUAAAUCUAUACAGGAACUUCAGGCCGAAUUCAAUGCUGCCAAAGCGGCUCAGAAGCAGAAGAGAGAAGAAAAGCUGCUGCAAAUGGGUAAAAGUACUGCAGAAGAUGUCAAGGGAAAGACGACGAGAGGAAGGAAGGCCCCAGAAAAGAAAUCCCGGGAUCCAUUGACAGAAUUAAGGAUAGAGUCAGAGCUGAGACGGGAGAUUAGGGAAAACAUUGCACACCAACGGAUGAUUGGUAGUUACGUUGGUCGGCGGCACGCUAUGCACUUGCCCGUUCGUGGACAAAGAACACAGACCAACGCCAAGACGGCUCGCAAACUCAACAAUUUGGACAGAUGGUGAAUGUCGAUUAUUGUCGUACAAAUGCAGCACAUUUCUUCGUUACGCU